AAAUUGGCUGAACGCUUGCUUUCUUGUCGUAAACUUCAUUUCAUAUGUUGUAGCUUGCACCUUGCAAAUCUUUUUUUUAUUUCUUUUGUAACGGUCAUGAGAUCUAGGUAUCAGGAUUAGGAAAAGGGUAACACUAAGGCACGGAUAUCUGGAAACGGUCACUGCACUGUAUGGACAAUGGGUUACGGGUCAUGGGUAUGGUAUCGGCAUGGAUCAUGGGCUACGGUGCAAAAGGGCGAAAACUCCUGGCAUGGAGUAUGUCGGUUACAGGUAUACCGGCUCCUUUACUUGUUUUCAGUCCACGUUUCCUGCGUCGACCUGUAAUGUUUUGUCGUGAUGGUCAGCCACACGGAUCGGCCGCGCGAUGGGGUCAGCGAUGGGGAUUUGGACGAUGCUUUGUAACGUCGGUGAAAGAGGUGGAGGAGGCCUGCAUAGAGCAACAUGGGAUGAGGGCGAGAAGAGAUGGACACUGGAUGAGUGCAUUAAUGACGGCGGCAGUGUGCUGUGUAUGAUUACAGUUUCCUAUCAAAAGCAUCUAUGUAGUUUGACGAAUGCAGGCGGCCCUCUUCCUUGAACCAUCCUGGAUCUGACUGUAAUGUGCAUGGUUGG